AUGUGUAUGUGGGCCAUCGGGAAACGGGGAGCAGAGCGCUCGGGGGAGCACUACGACACAAAUAACCCCCCAUCUGCACUCCAUCCUGCGCCCGACACUGCACCCAGCUACCCCGUAGCCCGGCAGCCGCUACCAGAUCCGCUGGAGGACCGCUUCCCUGUGGUGAAGAUGGUCUCCAUGGAUGACCUGCUGUGUGUACUGUCUGAAGACGAGGAGCAGAGGAAGAGACAGCAGAGGGAGAUCCUCUGGACAAUGACAGUUAAAUCCUCUCGCCCUCUUUUAACCUGUCUUGUUUACUUUUCACAGCCGAGACAACCACAGCAGGUCAAAGCGAAAGGCCUCCUUGACAGGGGGGCGGAUAUCACUAUCAUCGCCUCCAAAGACUGUUCGCACGGGUGGCCAGCUCAAACCGCCUACGUGCAAGUCAGCGGCGUGGGGGGAACUCAGUAUCCGGUCAGGAGUCAGAAAUUUUUAGGAGGGGUCACUGAACAUCUGCAGCUCCCCAAACUGAGCUGGAAGAGGGAAACUCCAGUUUGGGUAGAUCAGUGGCCCCUUCCUCGAAAAAAGCUGCAAAUUCUAAAUGAAUUAGUUAAUCAGGAAUUGGCUAAAGGGUACCUGGAGUCUUCCACCAGUCCCUGGAACACUCCAGUGUUUGUCAUACAAAAAUCCUCAGGAUCCUGGAGAUUUCUUCAGGACCUGCGAAAAGUAAAUAAAGUCCUUGAACCAAUGGGAGCCCUCCAGUAGGGAAUGCCAUCUCCACCCAUGCUCCCUGCUGAAUGGCCCCUAGUGGUCAUUGAUAUAAAAGACUGUUUUUUUCAUAUAUACCUUAAUCCGGUUGAUUCGGUUAAAUUCGCUUUUUCAGUCCGAGCCAUCAACACUUGUGAGCCUCACCGCAGUUUCCAGUGGCGAGUGCUUCCCCAGGGGAUGAAAAAUUCCCCAACACUCUGUCAAAUGUUUGUGGCAGAAGUGUUGAGACCGAUUAGGCAAAAAUACCCGCAGUCAGUCAUCUUCCAUUAUAUGGAUGAUGUAUUGAUCUGCGCCAAAUCACAAUUGGCAAUGGAUAAAACUCUAAAUUCAACAAUUGCGGCUCUAAAAGAAAAGGGAUUGGAGAUAUCCCCUGAAAAGGUUAAAAGGGAAGCACCCUGGAGGUAUUUAGGACUCCAAAUCACAGAGAGAACUAUAAAGCCACAGACAGCAGUAAUUGACAAACGAGUCCAAACGUUAAACGACCUCCAGAAAUUACUGGGAGCAAUUAAUUGGAUUAGGCCUGUACUGGGGAUCACAACCGGUGAUUUGCACCCGUUGUUUGAGCUGCUUAAGGGAGAUGCUGAUCUGUCCUCAUCCCGAGCUUUAACACCAGAAGCAGAGAAAUCCUUAUCCAUUGUCGAAAAGAAAACUUUGCAAAGACAAUCAUGCAGGAGGAUGGAGGGACUGCCAUCCUCCCUAGUAGUCAUCCGGGAACAGAGACAGCCUUUGGCCCUCCUGGGCCAGUAUACCCGUGACUGCAAGGACUUCUGUUUAUGGGAGUGGAUAUUCCUCCCUCACCAAUUCAGUAAGACAGUCACCACUAUUGCUGAAAUGAUUGGCAAAAUCGUUUUCAAAGGUCGCACUAGGUGUUUAGAACUUAGUGGUGAGGAACCAGAUUUCAUUUACCUCCCACUGACUUCCGAACAUCUAGAACAACUGCUGCAAACCUCUAUUGAUUUUCAAGUUGCCAUCAGGGGUUAUCCGGGAGAAAUUUGGCUCCACCUCCCGGCGUGCCCAUUUAUUCAGAGAUUGAUUCAGAUUCCGUUAAAACUGAAAAUCAUCCAAUCAAACCUACCAAUAAAAAACGCGAAGACCAUUUUCACCGAUGGCUCAGGGAGAACCGGCAAUGCGGUUGUAGUUUGGUAUGAAAAUAAUGAUUGGCAGCAAGAUAUUCAUAAAGUACAGGGUUCUCCCCAGAUAGCAGAGCUUUCUGCAGUUGUGUGCACCUUCCAAAUUUUUAGUGGUGAACCAAUUAAUAUAAUUUCAGAUUCGGCCUACGUGGUUGGUGCGGUCAAGAGAAUUGAAGACUCGUACCUAAAAGAUGUGUCGAAUGAAAAUUUGUUCAGGUUAUUGACCAAAUUGUUGUCUUUAAAUCAGAGGAGAAAAUUUGGAUUUUUCAUCGUCCACACCAGGUCACACACCACUCUACCAGUCCUGUGGCGGAGGGAAACCAGAUUGCCGAUCAUCUGGCAGGAAUCUGACACUCACAUAAACAGAAGUCCAGCAGAUCGUCAUUUUAAGUCAGAUUCCACAUCAACACCACUCAGAGCCAAAGUAAUGUACCGGGACCCACUAACGGAAGUAUGGACAGGCCCUUUCCCCUUGGUCACCUGGGGGAAGGACUACGCUUGUAUUGCAGGCCCUGAAGGACCGAAGUGGGUCCCAGCGCGCAGAAUAAAAAUCCACCAAAGAUGA